AUGCAGUUCUUCAUGAAAUGUCUUGCUCUUCUCCCUCUCUUGACCGUUGCGGUUUCCGGUGCCUCCAAGUUUGCAGACACUUGUCAAAAUAUCGAAGGGCGGGGAACCCAAAUUCGUGCGGACUGCCGUGAAAAUGAGCAUGGUCAAUACCGGACUAGUACACUCGAUCUAAACCGUUGUCUCAAGAACGGUAAAGGAGAUCUCAAGUGCGGAAAGAAUGGUGACUUUACCGCCUCUUGUAUCAACUGUAGUCUUCGAGGGCACACUGAGUUGGAAUGCAUGUGCCGCAAUGUUAAGGAGGUAAGUCUUUUCUUAUGCAAUAUGAGCUAUCAUGACUCUUUGGCUGACUAUCAAAAGACAAAUGCAUCAGCAACAACCAUGGCGAGCUUGGCUGCUAGGAGCCAAUAUAAUCUACGGGAUUGGAAUACGAAGGAGAACAAAGCUCAUCUAGAAGCAGGGAAGAGGUGA